AUGAAUUUGUCAAAUGUAAAACAUUUAGAAAUUCCAUUAUGUUUUCAAACAAUAAGACCAACGAUUUUGUUAGAAAUUCUCAAAGAAGCACCAAACAUAUCAUCCCUCAAUAUUUACAACUGUGCUGUAGAUAUAUUAAAAACUAAUAUGGAAAUAUGCCGAUAUACCAGUGAAAUGAUUAAAAAACUACAGUUCUGUGUAUAUUCUCAGCCAAAUCCAUGUCAGAAGCCGCAUGAUGUGAGUUCAAUUCACAAAGUAUUUCCAAAUGUUGAACAAAUGACUUGUCAUCAGACCCAACCAGAUUCAUGUUUAUUCUUAUUAAAUAAUUUACCUAAAUUAUCGACGUUGACGAUUCAUUUCUAUCAGUCGGGAGAUAACGGUUCUUUCAACAAAGUUAAAGAAGAAUUAUCAAAAUUAAAGAAUAUAUUUUUUUAUGAGGAAAUACUACGCGAUAAACAACACGUGAAAUUAAUGGCAUUUGGCUUUUGGGUUGGUCGUAGUGACAUAACUACAUAA